AUGUCGCGCCCCGAGGAUAUAUUACCCCCCGACCUGCACUACAAUGACACCGAAUCGCGCAAAUACACGACCUCCUCGCGAAUCCAGCGCAUUCAGGCCGACAUGACGCACCGCGCGCUCGAUUUGAUUGGCCUCACACAGCCCUCCAUGAUCCUCGACGUGGGCUGUGGUUCCUGCCUGUCUGGCGAGAUCCUGUCGCAAACGACCGAGGAAGGCACACCCGCGGGGCCGCACGUAUGGGUGGGGUUCGACAUCAGCGCCUCGAUGCUGGGGGUUGCGCUUGAGAAGGAGGUCGAAGGGGAUCUGUUGCUCGCAGACGCAGGGCAGGGCGUGCCAUUUCGCCCAGGUACAUUCGAUGCGGCAAUCAGCAUCAGUGCCAUCCAAUGGCUGUGUCAAGCCGAGACGAGCGAGGACAGUCCCGCUGGGAGGUUGAGCAGGUUCUUCAAUCAGCUGUACGCUAGUUUGAGGAGGGGUGGACGAGCGUGCUGCCAAUUUUAUCCCAAGAACGACGAGCAGAAGAAGAUGGUGUCCCAGGCGGCCAUCAAGGCUGGAUUUGGCGCCGGUCUGCUUGAGGACGAUCCAGGGACAAAAAGUGCGAAGACCUACUUGGUGCUUACAGUGGGAGGCGGCGAGCUGGACGGCGACAUUACGGGCGUCGUGCGCGGCAUGGAGGGUGUGGAUGUCAUGGAGACACGACGAAGGGCCGGCACAAUGAAGAGAGGCGUAGACAAGAAGGGCAGCAAGGGCUGGAUUCUGAAGAAGAAGGAGCAGCAGGAACGACAGGGCAAGGUCGUCAAGGCAUCGUCCAAGUACACCGGCAGGAAGAGGAGGAUCCAGUUCUAG